AUGCCUGCUGGUACGUGCCUGGAAACUGUGCUUCCACAGCAUGUUGAAUUUCCAUACUGGCCUGUAGAAAUAGCAUCUAAGGUCCCCAAAUGGAUUCCUCGUGUCAGAAAGAUGGCAUUUGAACUCUCAUCAUCCAAAAAGCCCUAUUUUAAAAACUCAAGUGAAGAGGUGGAAAAGAGGAGACAAAGGUCAACAGCUGCCACACACCAUAUAUUAAAGCUUUCAAAUCCUGGAGCAAAACACCAGCUUUGAUUAAGCCCGUCAGGGUUGCACAUCCUGCCAAAAAACAAUGCAGGAUAGAAGCUACUUUGUGAGCUGGGCUACUGGCUGGGUCACACAUUAAGGGAGGGCAGCUUCUUCCAGGUGAAAGCGGCCACCUCCAACAAAUACAAGGGCCCCUUAGCCAUCAAGGUGGUGGACUGGCAACAAACACCCCCAGCCUUUGUGUACAAGUUUCUGCCCUGGGAGCUCUCCAUCACGCAUGAGAUCCAGCACCUCAACAUCGUGCACAUCUUUGAGUUCAUCGAGGACUGCAAUGGGAAACUCCAUAUCGUGAUGGAGGCAGCAGCCACUAACCUGCUGGAGCUGGUGCAGCAGCUGGGGAAGCUGCCCUGCGUCCCCAAGGCCUGGGAUAUCUUUGCACAGGUCCUGGGGGCUGUGCACUACCUGCAUGACCACAACUUGGUGCACCAGGAUCUCAAGUGUGACAACAUGCUGCUCACCAUUGAUGGCCACCGGGCCAAGCUUACUGACUUUGGUUUUAGCAAGGAGGCCAACAGCUACCCCAUCCUGAGCACCACAUUCUGUGGGUCAGCAGCCUACGCUUCCCCAGAGGUGCUGAUGGGCAACCCCCACGACACCAAGAAGUACAACAUGUGGAGCCUGGGGGUGAUUCUUUACGUGAUGAUGACUGACUACCAGCCCUUUGGCGAUAUCCACAUCUGCAGCAUGCCCCAGUGGCAGAAGAAAGGGGUGCUUUACCUGGAGGGGCUGCCCCCACUGCCAGAGCCUUGCCAAUCCCUCAUUGCCCAACUGGUCCAGUUCAGCCUGGCCUUGUGACUCAGUGUGGAGCAGAUGGCCAAGAACAGCUGGCUGAAGGGAGACAUCUGA